AUGAUGGACUGUCAUUAUUAGCUGCCAGCCAUAUAAGAGGCUUAACUCCAAGAGCCAAUAUUUGGUUAGCAAUUUUCAGACCGAACCCGUCACACGGGCCCACAAAAAGUUCGGAUAUCGCCUGUGUGACCACGACAAACAGUCGACGGAAGUCUGUAAAGAGUGCGAAAAAGAUCGGGGGAAAACCACCUGCCGCCAAUGAACCUGAAUCAUUGUCUGCCGUUCUGCCUGCUCGUCUUCAAGCCACCAAGCUACAAGCCUGUUUUCAGUUGAUAGUUGGCUACCGAAGUGAGACGUCGAAGAAAGUGUCGUCAGAUCGGGGUCACCGUAUUAAAUUAUUGCGCAUUGUUAGGCCGCAUCUGGCCAAAUAUCAACAGACCCUUGCUCUUAAUUGGUCGUCAACAAGUAGACAAAGCCAGGCCACGCUCCACUCUCUUCGAUCUCCGCCUGCCAGCCUGCCUGCCUCUCUGCCACUUAUCAACGCCUCAGGAACCAACUCGCUUGAUAAGCAGCUGCCCUUAGUUCGAGCAGAACAUUUACCAUCCGACUGUGCUGUGGAAUGGUUAUGGUGCCCCUCCGGAUACUGCUGAUCGCCUCCACACUGACGCUGGCCCUGGGCUAUGGCGUCGGUGCUAGUGGGCCGCGUCCCGUGCGCACUGUGGAAACGCUGACGCAGUGGGGCCAGCUGGAGUUUGGAUUUGCCACGGCGCAGGAUCGGGAGAACGCCCAGGCGGCGGGUAAUCUGGUGCCGGAGAACGGCACUCCUAUCGAUGUGCAGCCACAGUACAUGGCCAAUGGACAGAUGAGGCUGUUCACCACUAUUCCGCGCUUCGUCACGGGCAUUCCCUACACCUUGGCCACCGUUUCGGCGACGCAGGGCAGGAAUGGCCCGCUGCUGCAGCCGUAUCCCAACUACUCCUGGCAUAAUGCGAACGGCGAGGACUGCGAUCGCAUAACUUCCGCCUUCAGAGUGGCUGUCACCGAGUGCAACCAGAUGUGGGUGAUCGAUUCGGGUGUGAUUGGAACCACCCAGCGGUGUCCGCCGCAGUUGCUGCAGUUCGAUCUGGCUACCGAUCGCUUGCUGCAUCGCUUCCGCUUCCCGAACGACACAUACAUCGCGAGUGGAUCGCUCUUCAUCACGCCAAAUGUGCUCGUCCAGGAUCCUCCGCCUAUGGGAACCUGCAGUCGCACCAUGAUCUAUGUGGCCGAUGUGAGCUACCAUGGCUUGGUGGUCUACGACCACCAGGCCCAGGCAUCCUGGCGGGCUGAGAACCGCUUCAUGUAUCCCGAUCCGGACUACGGCAAGCACACCAUAGCAGGCGAGAGCUUCUACCUGAUGGACGGCAUGUUUGCGCUGAACAACGACAAGCACAAUCUGUACUUCCACCCGCUGGCCAGUGCCAGUGAGUACUCCGUGCCACUGAGUGCGUUGAACCGGCAGCAGAACUGGGCCGAUGGACCGGAGGCUCUGCCGGAGGAGUUCAGGCUGCUGGGCAGACGGCGGAGCGAGUGCGCCGCGUCCGCCAUCGAUGGCAGGAACAACGUCUACUGCGUCACCUUCAAUCCCGUCAAGCUCUUUGUGUGGAACGUGAACUCGCCCUACAAUUCGCGAAACUUUGGCAAUCUGCCAGCCAAGUCCGAUGAGCUGCAGUUCGUCAGCGGCAUGAAGGUGUUGCGAAACCGCGACGGGCAGGAGGAACUCUGGAUGCUCUCCAAUCGCUACCAGAAAAUCGCCGCAGGUACACUAAACUCCAAGGAGGUCAACUUCCGCAUCCUGCGCCGCAAGCUGGAUGAUGUCCAGGGCGGCGUCUUCUUUUCCAACGACGAGGAUCUAACCAAUCGCCUGGUGUUUAGCUAGUGACUACGUAAAUCCACUAAAUUGAUGUAUGUAAAUAUUAGUUGUGUUGUGCAGUUCUCUGGGGGAUCUUCGCGAAUUCCGCCUAAGUGCUAAUAACAGCCUAUCUCAAAUUGUAAAGAUUCCGCAAAGCCUAAGAAAUAUAUAUGACGUGUAAAUAUUUACCAUCUUGUGG